CUCUAUAUGAAAGCAGAAUGCUAUUAUCAAAUUGGAAACUUUGAAAUGGCAUUGGUUUACUAUCAUAGAGGACAUAAUCUGCGACCAGAAGUUGAGGAAUUCUCUUUGGGAAUCAAGAAGGCGUCAGAGGCUAUAGAAAACAGUGUCGGAGAAAGUGGAGUUGAAAUUCUCAACACUGUCACCGCCUGCCUUCGAUAUCUCACCGAACGAGCAGAUUUUUGGUUGCAACAUAAACCGAUUUAUGCCCGCGAACGAGAAAGAAAAAUGUUUAUGCGUGGAAGAAAUGAUUCCUGCAAGGAAAAAGAUCUCGAUCUUAUAAUUAGCAACAAAAUUUCAAAACUAACAAAACGUGACAAUUUCAAAAAAAAUAGUUUAGAGUUUGAAAAAAGCAAAUACCAGCAAGUUCAGAAAUCGGCAGAGGACUUGCUAAGUUUUGUCGAUUCCUACCCUCGGGAGUCAAUUAAAGACAAAACAAAUACCUUUUCCGCUAUUUACAACCUGAUUGCAAGUUCUGCGUUUGAGCUAAGAAAUUAUGAUUGUGCGGAGGAAAAUUACACUCAAAUGUUAAAGUGGCUUGAAAAUAGUCUAACAAAACUGCUAAAACUUGACAGGAAAAAGGAGUCUGAAACUGUCAUACAAGAGAUUUGGGCAAUCCACGAAAGUUCACGCUGUCACUACGAGCUUGGAAAUUUUCAAGAAGCCGAAAAUUUUGCAAAAAAAUCAUUUGAGCUCGCCAAAUCAAUAUACAACGGCGAAUGGAUGCUCAACAGCGCAGUUAUUCUAGGCAAAAUUUCUGGUAUUUUUACGCUUUCAGUUAAUCUAGAAAAAAAUGAUAAUUAUAGAGACGCUCUUGAAUAUUACGAAUCGGCAUUUAAUCUGUCUAAUGCUUUAAACGACAGUACGGGAGCAAAACUCAUAUCGGAAGCCAUAAAGACAUUACAAGACGCUCGUUUAGAGAUCAAAAUUGACCAUACAGAUCAACACAAUCCGAUAGAUCCACAGAAUAACAAAGAGGAGGUAGAAAAUGAAGAUAACUAG